AUGGGCAUUCACGCCCAGAAGGCCAUCCGCGAAUCAGCUCUCACAUUUCCUUCGGCAAAACUGCCCUACACUCUGCAGGUCGUGGGGACAAGAGGGCUUAAGGCUGCAGCACCCAUCAACAUGCCCCUAUUUGGCCCGACAUCGCGAAAAGCUAUCGCUUCCUCCGCCAGACUGGCAGGCCUGGAAACAGCCCUCACAAGCGCCAAUGCCAGCGACAGAGGCUCCGAUUCACCAUAA